AUGGAUGUCGCAAACUCCUUAGUCCGCAGCGUCGUACGCGCUUUCUACGAGACCAGACAGAUCUUGGUGGUGGAUGCCUUGUUUAUACAUUCAGUACUUCAUGCAGAGGACCUGGCUCAUUUACUUGGCAUGCAACAAAAGGACUUGCGGAAGCUCUGCGCAAGGCUGCGGGAAGACCGUCUCAUCGCAGUUCAUACGCGAAGUGAAAUUCGUGAAGGCUCGACUCGCCCCGUAAACCGCGAUUACUACUACAUUCCAUUACAUCCCGUAAUCGACGCAAUCAAAUUCCGCGUUCUCCGGUUGACUUCUACCAUCAAAGCGCAAUACACACCAAGCGAAGAUCGAAAAGAAUAUAUAUGUACACAAUGCGGGGCCGAAUGGACCGAACUCGAUGUUCUAAGCCUCUACAACGAAGAAGGCUUCGAAUGCCAACAUUGUGGCCACAUUCUACAGCCGACCGAAGACGUGAGAGGCACAGAUGGUCUUGACCGAACCGGGCAUGAGAAGAAUAGUAAAUUGAUGGUGCAGCUGGAUUCAAUCAUGAGCCUUUUGAAACAGAUCGAUGCAACAGAUAUUCCUAUGAACGACUUUGACUCCGCCUGGGAUCACAGGAUUGAUGUUGUUCGCAAUCAACAAACCCAUCCUUCCAAGCCUGCUAUAGCAGCAGCAGUAAAACAACCAACUGCAGUUCGCGGGACUACAAAAAUCGACGCUACUGCAAUUGAAAUUUCCCUCCAGUCGUCGGCCGAGAAGAGUGCCGCUGAACAAGCCGCUGAAGUGGCCCGCAAGGCGGCCAUCGAAAAACAAAAUGCUCUUCCAGUCUGGCACACUCAUUCAACAGUCUCUACAGGGGCCGGAAACGCUGGUCAAAUCAAGGGCGAAACGGGAAUCGAUGUGAAGACUGGAAUUAAAGACGAAGAGGAACAGAAGCCUACCAUUGAUGCACUGGAUGACAUCGCUGCUUACUAUGCCGAAAUUGCAAAGGCCAAGGCAGAAGAGGCGUCCUCUGCAGAUGAAGACUCUGAAGAUGAUGAUGAAUUCGAAGAUGUCGGGGAUAUCUCUGGCACUGGUAGUGCUGUAGGUACUCCGGCAGCAGUUAUGAGUGGUGGGCUUGGCCCUACAAGCGCUCCAGCUAUGGGGGCUUCUCCGAUGACUGGUAUAAAGCGGGAACUAGACUCAGAAUCAGGAAGUAGUGCUCCACAAACCGCUGCAGGUACCCCCGCAACACCAGCAGACGAUGGUCCAUUGGCCAAAAGAGUCAAAACCGAGGAAAUUGUUAAGGAGGAGGAAUCUGACGAGGAUGACGAAGAGUUUGAAGACGUAUGA